AUGAUUAGGACUCAUACUCAACAAAUGGAUUUUGAAUCUUCUUCUUCUGAGAGAAAUCAUGUUGCCAUCAUGACAGACAUGAUUCAACAAAAGAAUUCUAAAGAUCAUAUCACCCGUAAUAAUGAUUCUCAUGCAAGUCUCUUAGAGAUGAAGAAUUUGAGAGAGAAUGAGAAAAUGCAUGCUUGUGCUCAUCAGUUGUUGAACGAAUGGAAGAAGAUAUUGAAUAAUCAUGCUCAACCUCCUCAUGUCUUUGUGUAUAGUGGCAUUCAAGGUUGUCAACAACAAUCCAUGAGGUUGAGAAAAAGGCCUUCUGUGUCGACCCUCACCACACAUUUGACAAGUGACAACCUUUCACACCAGGUUUAUGAGUUUGAAUGGUUGCAACUCGCGAAAAAGAAUCAAUUUUUAAGAAAUGCUGCUCAUUCUGAAAAGGAAUGUUUUGAGAAAAUUGAGAAAUAUGUGUUGGGAGUGAGCUCAUGUCAUGAUGAUGAAAAGAAUGAUGGAUUUCUGAAUGCAGUUGAGAAUUUAUUGACCUCCAAAUAUCAAAUGAAUUCUUCAGAAGUGAUUGGAAAGAUGAUCAAAAUGGAUUUGUCAUUGCUUUCAACAGUGGAGGAGCAUUCACAUGAUACACACCUCUCAUGUGUAAAUUAUGAACCUGUGAAUAUGAAAUUGAAGGAUUUAAUUGAUGAUUAUGGACUAGUGUUGGAUGUAUUUAGUUUAUUGAGAUUUUGUCAUGCAAGAAAAUUUGACUAUCAGGCUGUGAAAACAUUGAUCGAUGAGACCAUUGCUUGGAGAUUGUAUAAAAAACCACAUUUAAUUACGAAAGAGAGUGUACAGAGAGAAUAUUCGAAAAUGAAGGGCUUUUGGUUGGAUUUCACAAAACAGAAUUCUCCAAUUAUUUAUAUUUAUCCACAGAAUCAUGUCACCUACGAUAGAGACUUUGAUGAAUGCAUCAAUUAUACACUCUAUAUGGGAGAAUAUGGAAUGAACAUGAUUCAAUCCUAUAAUGAAGAACAUGUAUUACCUUUAUUGCGUUCGAUUGAAGAUGGAGCCGAUUUGGCUGUCAUUGAAGAUAAGGUGUUAAGUCAAUUCGUAGAGCAAUACACGAUCGUUUAUGAUGGAAGGACAGUAGCGAUGAAGAAUUUUGAUUUGGCCAUUAUUAAGGAAUUUUUAACCUUAUCGAGUUACUAUGCAGAACGUAUGAAAUGUGUGUUGGUGUAUAAUCCAAGUUGGUCGUACAAGGUGCUCAUGAAGAUGGUGUACCAAUUUUUAGACAAGAAAACAGCAGACAAAAUCAAAAUGGUGUAUAAUAUUGCGGAUGUGGAAGACGUCUUGGAUGUGACAAAAGUACCAAAGGAUUUCGGAGGACAAUUCGAUUAUAAAUUUCAGUAA